AUGAGUACCCUAGACACCAUCGAAGCUAACCAAGAAACAUUCGGUGCUAUGGAUGCAGGAUAUCUUGACAGCGUCAGGCCUGCCCUAAUUGUCUGUCUUUUCUCCCCUGCUACCUUUACUGCUUCGCAGAUGCAUCUCAAUUGGGAUAUACUCGUUGAGAUCAUGUUUUUCUCAGACCGCGCAGACGCUAGUCGAAUGUCGCGGACUUGUCGCACUCUCCUUCAAGCCGCCCCGCAAACCCUGCUGUCACGGAAUGAAGCCUUUCCGCUCUUGGAGCGUCAGCAGCUGUUGUCGUUUCUCCUAUUUAUGUUCUGUGGAAGGCACAACGGCUUCCGCUACUUAAACCAAUUGAGACUGUAUGAGGUAUGGCGGAGCCUCCCGCAGCUAGAAGAGCACCUUACAGAUCUAUUUAUGCAAGCCACGGAACUCAAGCUCGUUACGCUGGAAGGAGAGAAGGUGGAACUUGGCGAGCGGGUAUCCUAUGCCUUCGCGAAUCUGACCAAGCUACGAACACUCAAGAUUGACGCUGUCACCGAUCGCACAGCUGAGCUGUUCAAGAAGAUGCAGGCACCGCUUACGGGCAUUGACGCGAACUUCCUCGGCUACCACGAUUCGGUUGACCCUAUCCCGAUGUUUGCGCAUUUCAAGCAUUCACUGCGCGCCAUGAACCUGUCUUUCGCCGGCUUCUCCAGCACCGAGAUCCAAUAUCCCCGCGUCGUCAGCCUUUCCGCGGAAUACUGCGAGUAUCAAAACCUAGUGUCCAUCGUGCACUGUUUCCCGAGUCUACGUGAUCUCAGUCUUCACGCGAUGGAAGAAGACUUGGAUAUGCAGCAGGAGAUUAGUAUAACUGAGGAAGAGCGACUGUCGAGCCUUGCAUCACAAACACGUCGUACACAGUGGCCAUCACUCCAUCGACUCUCAGGUGGUGUCCGGGAGCUAUACACGCUCGGAAUACGCUGCAGGGUAGAUCACGUCGACGUAGCCCGUUGGCCGCUGAACUCGGCGGUCGAUGGUCAAAGACUCGCUGCCAUCGUUGCCGACGUUCGCCCGACAAGCCUUGAUGCCAGGCUCCUAUUACCGGAAUUUGAGUUAUUGUCGCUAGCCGAGCAUCUGACUUGCGUGAGAGACGAGUUAGUCGGGCUCAGGCUACGCCUUGACUACCAGUACGAGGAGCCCUGUCCCUGUUCUGCACAGCACGAGGACCCCUGUUCCAAUGUGGUACGUAUCUGUCCUGUAUCAAUGAAUUCUACAAGCUGA